AUGGUAGUAAAACCAAAGGAAGAACAAUUGCCCAGCUUUAUCUCUGAAUUUGAAUGUUGCUUUGGAGAACUUGGUACUCUGCCCAAAGUUCACAAGAUAGUUAUUGACCCUAGUGUUCCGCCAGUUAUUCACCCUCCACGGCGUGUUCCUAUAACCAUCCAACCUAAACUUAAAGAAGAACUCGACAGGAUGGAGAAACUCGGGGUUAUAUCCAAAGUCACUGAGUCGACAGAUUGGGUUUCAAGUCUAGUAGUUGUUGAAAAGCCAGAUGGAUUAUUCGUAUUUGCCUUGAUCCGAAGGAUCUGA